CUGGCUGGGAAAUGUCCUCCCUUGCCCUCGUCCCGUCGUCUGGCCUCCGGGCUCCGCGCCGUCUGUGUCGGAGCGCUGGGGAGGGCGGAGGCGCUGGUGAAUGGAGGUCUCUUGCAGAUUUCUGGGCAGUUAGCGUUCAGAGCCGGGAAAAGAAAGCUGGAACUCGUCUCCGGAUAUGAGGUGAACUCAUCUUAAGUUCCAGGGAGUUGCCUUCCACGGAGCCCAGCAGAGGAGUGAGUGACCAUGACGUCCAAUCCUGCCAUCCAAGCUGCCAUUGACCUCACAGCAGGAGCCGCAGCGGGCACAGCAUGUGUCCUGACCGGGCAGCCCUUCGACACCAUGAAAGUGAAGAUGCAGACGUUCCCCAACCUGUACAGGGGCUUCACCGACUGCUGUCUGAAGACCUACUCCCAGGUGGGCUUCCGCGGUUUCUACAAGGGGACCAGCCCAGCGCUUAUCGCCAACAUUGCCGAGAACUCUGUCCUCUUCAUGUGCUACGGCUUCUGCCAACAGGUGGUGCGGAAAGUGGUGGGACUGGACAAGCAGGCAAAGCUGAGUGAUCUGCAGAAUGCAGCCGCCGGUUCCUUCGCCUCUGCAUUUGCUGCCCUGGUGCUAUGCCCCACUGAGCUUGUGAAGUGCCGGCUGCAGACUAUGUACGAAAUGGAGACGUCAGGAAAGAUAGCCAAAAGCCAGAAUACAGUCUGGUCUGUUGUGAAGAGUAUCCUCAGAAAGGACGGCCCCCUGGGCUUCUACCGUGGACUCUCAAGCACUUUACUUCGGGAAGUACCAGGCUAUUUCUUCUUCUUUGGUGGCUAUGAACUGAGCCGAUCAUUUUUUGCAUCAGGGAGAUCAAAAGAUGAACUAGGCCCUGUCUCUUUGAUGUUAAGUGGUGGAGUUGGUGGAAUCUGCCUCUGGCUUGCUGUUUAUCCAGUGGAUUGUAUCAAGUCUAGAAUUCAAGUUCUUUCCAUGUCUGGAAAACAGACAGGAUUUAUUGGAACCUUUAUAAGUGUUAUGAAAAAUGAAGGAAUAAUGGCCUUAUAUUCUGGACUGAAACCUACUAUAAUUCGAGCAUUCCCUGCCAACGGGUCACUAUUUUUGGCCUAUGAGUACAGCAGAAAGCUGAUGAUGAGCCAGUUCGAAGCACACUGACGUAUCCUGGUGAACCUGGAUCGAAAUACAAGCGUUUGAGGACUACAGUUCAUCUCAGGGUUUCAUAGAGUACAAGACCAAUGUGGAAUUAUUUUGAUUUCAUAAGAAUUUUAUUUUUGUCUUCCAUUAUUCUACCCCUAAUCUUAAGCUUUUUGGAAGGACCUCUGUUUUACACCAUAUAAUUUCUACUCAUACUUGUAUCGAAAUAUAAAAGUCGCUGCUCUUGUUCUUGGUGUGACAUAGAGGGUGAGCCUCUGGCCCUCUGUAUCUACUCUAAAGAGCUAGAUAAAGUUAUAUCAGGGAUUUUGCAUAAACCUGUACAUGUGAUUUGGAUGGCGAUACGAUGUGAGCGAA